AUGCCCAAAUCGCCUCCGCUUCCACCAAUUUCACAGCUGGUACGGCUCACAACCUCACAGCCUUUGAAACGCUUACUCGCCACAGCACUCCUGCUCUCCUGCCUACAAACGCUGCACAUCAACUGCCAUUCGGAUGCUCUUCUACUCAAAUGUCCGCUUUAUCAAAUGCAUCUGCAGAAAAUUGUUGGCUUCCGGCCGCCACUUGAAUACCUAACCACACAAAACCUCAUCUACUCGCCGGCAUACAAUUUUAAAGAUCGCAAUCGCCAUCGGCGCGAAAGCUAUAGCAUAGUGGGCGCGCCAGAAGGUGAACGGCAGGAACUGGCAAUUGCCAGCGACACAGCGAGCGCCAUUUGUUGGCGGAUGUGUAGUGAGGAUAGCGACUGUAUUGCCUACGUCCAUCUGCUGGACUCAAACGAAUGCUAUGGUUAUUCGUAUUUCGAACGGACGACCCGCUAUCAGGCAAUAGCCGAUGAAUUGCCAUUGGUUGCGGAUGCUGAGGCGGUUUUCUAUGAAAAGACCUGUUUGAAAGUACCUGAAGUGUGCAAACAACGCAAAUGGACGCUUACAAAAAUUCCCGGUACGAGCUUGGUGUUUCAGGGAAAGAAAACAAUAGCGACGCUAGUUACGCGACGCGAAUGCGCCGAACGAUGUCUAUUCGAAAUCGAAUUCAAAUGUCUGUCCGCAUCAUUUGCGCCAUCAUACCGUAACAAUCGUGAAAGAUUCAGUCAACAUGUGCCACAAGCAGAGCAGCAACAACAUCAACAACAUCAGUCACAACCCAACACAUUGGGACGUUGUAUACUCAGUGAUAAAGAUAAAAUGAUACAACCCGAUGCAUUCCGGGCUGCACCCUAUGACGAAGAAUACAUGGAAAAUCAAUGUUACGAGCGACCGAUCGAGAACGAUAGCUGUUCAUACGAAUUGUAUGCGAACAGUAGCUUCAUUUAUGCGGAAGCAAAAUAUUUGGGUCUAACCCAAAAGGAGUGUCAAUCAUUGUGCUCACAUGAAACGAAAUUCUAUUGCCAAGGCGUGUCAUUCUAUUUUGAGCGCGAUCUGACCAAUUCGGAAUGUCUACUACACUCGGAGGAUAUUAUAUCGAUGGGACCUCGCAGUCUGAAACUAAGAGAGAAGUCUGUCUAUAUGCGGCGUGUCAAGUGUUUAGAUGUACAGGUGCUGUGCACACAAGACGAAAUGGCCAUCAAAUAUACGCCGNAAAAUAAUCGAAACGUGCAAACACAGGGUGAUCGUCUCAUCAAAGUCGGUUGCAUAAUGAGCAAUUCGACGAUGCGCAAGGAUGGGCACACUGAUGGACGCAAUGAUGAGGAUGGUGUGGAGGGUGAAGAUAUACCGAAUGCUAUUGCAUUGGAGUCUUCAUUAGAGUUCGCACAGCAGUAAGUCGCAUCAAAUAUUUGGCUUUAAACAAAAGAUUUUGUGUUUAAAAAAAUGAACUUAAUACUAGUUUUUUAUUAAACCCCCUUCUGACAAUUAA